GAAUAAACAGGGACACCGCGCUGGUGGUUGUUUUAAAAAUCUUUGCAACGGUUUGUGCUUCAUUUCGUCGAUGUGUAGUGUAUGGCAUUGUGAUUGUAUGGUUCACUUGAAUAGUGCAUUAGAAACAAGUUAUAAACAUCAUUUUUUUUGUCUCCGUUUGGUUCAAACACUUGAUUUGUUGGUAGACGGAUCAAAAGCUUUCACGGUGAGACUACAAUUUACGGAUGAAUCAGUCAUAUGUAAGAUUACAUGUCUGCAAUUUUGGUGCGAAAUUCAUCCAUCCAUUUGGCUGAAUAGCGUUUCGUUAUUUCGGCUUUGUCAGUUUCGCAACUGAAACAAAAUCUAAUUUCACAUACAGGUUUGUAGGUAGACAGCCCCAAGGUCACUAGCGUCGCUGAAACGUCGUCCAUGAAUUGUGGUCUUACCAUUUUCGCUUAAUUAGCUUACGUAUCUAGUAGUAGUAGAUAACCAGUGACCCCAGGUUGUUUCUAAUUUCUGAAUGUUACCGAGCCUAAGCAUAUGCCUAAGUCGGUGCCCAGGAGUAAUUAGGAUUCUAUGUCAUUAAAUCACCUUUAAGGCACCUAUACUUCAGUGGGUAGAUAUCCAGUAAUUUGGAGUGCUCUUCAUUACGUUUGAGCUUGGGUCCCGGGACUGAUUUUAUGGCUCGCUUUGGUAUUCAAUGAAGUGUGUUUUUGUCCUUUUGAAGUGAGGAUGGGAACACUAUACUUCCAUACCCUAAAUGGGGUCAGAUAAAACUUAAAGAAAAAGUUAAAGUUAUGCAGUCAAACUGCCUAGAAUGGGUUUUGACUUUAUCAGUGCAAGGUUUGUUUGAACGGCGUUUUUGCUUCAGUUAUCGUAAAACUAGGUCAUAGGGUAUCAAGACUCCUAGGCCUCUUGCGAUUUGGGAUGCCCAUUAAGGGGAGUUACCUAAGUUGUGUGCGUAGUCUGUAACAUGCCUCAGAUGAACCAGUAUGCACUUUGAAGUUCUAUGAGUCGGUUGUUAUCCGCCCAGCUUUACGGUCUAUUCAGAUCAUCCUGAAGUGCCAGCUUUUCGUCUUGGUUGGAAACUGUGUAAAAUUUUAAAGUCUGGUUCAUCUUGUUUCUUCCUCAGAUUCUUGUCUGUCAAUACUGUCAACCUUCACUUCUUGGAAUUAAUUCUUUCAGCACUGACUGAUAUCAGUAGUCACAUAUCGAGAAAGUAGACAGAUGCAUGAAGUCAACUAACAUCCUAUUGAGUCAUGCGAGAAAUCAGAUCAACUCAUUUUUUGUACGGUGAUAUACAUGUUUCUAUAGAUCUGUAAUAUGAACACAUUUUUACUACCUCGAUCUCACCGGAACCUUCCAUUAAGCACGUGGGAUUGAUUAUGAACAAUCAUUCUAUUGAUCAUAUAGGUUGAAGUGAAUAACUACACACGCUAGGAUCGUAUGUGCGCUUACUGGCAUUUUAGUUUUGAACUGCAAACCCUUUUGCUAUAUUUAAUAGGAUUUACUUAUAAAAAACGUACUGUAGAGUGAUAAAGAUGCUAAACUAAAAUCAUAACAGUAAACUAGGGUUUUAAAACUUCGCAAAUCGAAUUUUAUUUGUUGAAGUUUGCAGAAUAAAAGGAAUCAUGGGUUUCCUAAGCUUUCACUACAAUCUUAUUUUUGCAUAAACAGGGCGUGAAAAAUCCAACAAUCGCGAUAGCUUCUCGUCUCAAGAUUCCUACUUUCAUAAGCUCUAGCAUUUGGAUGGAUUAUUAUUAUUCGAUAUAGUUAGGUCAGGGAUUGAGGACCCCAUCUCUUCCCUUGGUUUACAUGUCAGACGACUAAUCCGGUAGUUCAUUCAAAAGUAUUUCCAAAAUUAUAUACAUAGACGGGAUGGGAUUCUGCUUUUUCUGUUGAGUAGUCAUCAGUUACUGUUAGAAUUCUCUCUUACGGUUAUAACCCAGCUAUUCCUAUUGCUUAGUAUUCUCAGACACCGACUCACUCGACAAGUCCCCCAAAUCAGAACACGGCUGAACAGGAAAAGAGAUUAUAUUCCAAGUAACAAGGUUAGAUGGAAGUAAGAAGCACAAUAGAAAAACGUUAGUAUAUUUAUAGUUUUCACAUGAGAAGAUUUCUAGUGUUCACUAAGUAUUGCAUUAGCCAAUCAGCGUGCACCAAAGCAAUCGUGCAUUGAACCUGCUUUAAUCCAGUCUAUGUCCCGCCAACAGUUACACUAAAUGGUAUUAAUGUAUUGGAUAUAUGCGUUUAAGUAGAGACGGGUUCUACCCAAUAAUCCUUACGUUGAUUGUCACCUGAAACCGGUGAGACUAAAAUGACUACGCUGUUAAACCACUUCCUGCCUCAUCAAUACACCUUUUAUUAGCCGAAGAUAAUAACUAUCAUAUUUCCUUUGUUUGUUAUUAAGCAAAAAGCCUAGUUUUUGUUAAGGGGAUCACUAGAUACUGUUAUCCAUUUCCCUUAGGUUUUAGUUUAUUUCCUGGGUAUCUAAAACACAUCCUGUAGGAAUUCGUUGUGCGAAUUACCCGGUAUUUACACAAUUUCGUUAUCUGAAUGGUCUUACAACUCGGGAAUCUAUAUUUGUGCAUAAUUUCAAAAUAUAUUGCUUAAUUGAACACCAUGCACUUCAAUUUUGUAGAUGUCACCUGUCGAAGAACAACAGGGCGAUAAACCCAUUCAACCUAAAAUUGGUAUAAUAUAUCCUCCACCCGAAGUAAGGAAUAUCGUCGAUAAAACGGCGAGUUUUGUAGCACGUAAUGGUCCAGACUUUGAAUCUCGUAUUCGUCAAAAUGAGAUCAGUAAUCCAAAGUUCAAUUUUCUGAAUCCAGCUGAUCCAUACCACGCGUAUUAUCAACACAAAGUCCGAGAGUUUGCUGAAGGGAGAACACCAGAACCUGCUGCUCUAAAAUUGACUAUUCCUAGUGCUGCUCGUCUUGUUCAGGAUACUCCAAAAUCGAUUCAAGAAACAUUUACACCCAAGGAUCCACCAGCUGAAUUUGAAUUUGUUUAUGAUCCACCUUCUAUUAACGCAGUUGAUAUUGACAUAAUAAAACUUACAGCACAAUUUGUUGCAAGAAAUGGUCGACAAUUUUUAACUCAGUUAAUGAAUCGAGAACAGAGAAAUUAUCAGUUUGACUUUCUCCGUGCUCAGCACAGUAUGUUUGGUUAUUUUACAAAACUUGUGGAACAAUACACUAAAAUCUUAAUACCACCUAAAGACGUUGUUUCGAAAUUGGAGGACGAGUUAGAGAAACCGAAACAGCUGCUUGACGAUGUAAAAUAUAGGGUUGAAUGGCAUAAGUAUCAAGAACGUCAGCGUAAGCGUGAGGAGGAGGCUGCAGAACGUGAACGUGUGGCGUACGCAAUGAUUGAUUGGCAUGAUUUCGUGGUUGUUGAAACAGUUGACUUUCAACCAAACGAAGCAGGCAAUUUCCCUCUACCGACUACUCCUGAUGAAGUUGGAGCACGCUUACUAGCUGAAGAACGUGGUCUUCAGCCUCCUUCAAAGCCGUCAGCCCCUCCACCCCCCGGUUCACUUGGAUUAAUGCCAACUGAUAUAGAUGAAGAUGAUACAAGUGACCAAGAAUUAGAUGAAUCAGAAGAUGAAAAUGAAGCUUCUGGGCUUUCUCAACCUAAGGGCCAGGGUUUGAUCAAUCACAGCCCUCUACCAUAUCCUGAUGAGACAGAAAAUCGGGUUACUGAUGAUAUCCCAACCCCACCUGCUGCUAAUAUGACUGAUGUAGCUGGAGAAGAUGAUAUGGAGUUAUCAGAUGAUGAGAAUAUUGCUGAAGAACUCGUUCAGCAAAACAAAGUAUCAGCAAAACAGGUACCAUUAUCUUCUGAUCAAGUCAUUAUUCGGCAUAACUACGACCCAAAAGCUACAAAUAUUAGAAGAGCAGAGGAUUCUGUGCUUUUAGUAUCACCUUUCACCGGCGAGAAGAUUCCUGCUAACCAAGCUCCAAAACAUAUUAAGGUUGGGCUACUCGAUCCUAAGUGGGUCGAACAGCGUGAUCGAGAGAUUCGCGAGAAACGUGAACAAGAACAAGUUUAUGCUGCGGGAAAUCUGAUUGAUAGUAGCUUAAAGCAGCUUGCUGAGCGUCGCACAGACAUUUUCGGUGUAGGAGUUGAUGAAAUUCAGAUUGGCAAGAAAUUAGGAGAACAGGAAAUAGUCAAGUCUGAUAAGCUAGUUUGGGAUGGUUACUCUGUUACUACAGAUGUUGUUGCCAAAAGAAACUUAGAAGCGGUUACUGUUAAAGAUAAGCUGGAUUUAUUAGAGUUCCAACAGAAAUUGGAUUCAGCUCGCGAUAAGAUUGGUCCUCAAAGCGGGGUGCUCCCUGCUCUAGGCAUUAUCCCUCCGGUACUGCAUAAGCCGACAAUCUUGUUGCCACCACCAUCAAUGCAAGGUGGAGUUACACAACCUCCACCGCCCCCACCCCCUCCCGGCCUUGUAAUGCUUUCCAGUGCGCCACCACCAUUACCACCAGGUCUAUUUCCUCCCGGGAUGCCACCUCCACCCGGCAUAGCUAUACCGAGUUUCAUGCCUCCACAUCCACCCAUCCCACCACCACCACUUCCACCUCCAACACCUGCUAAUGAUGGAGAACCGGAAGCAAAAAGACCGAGAGAAUAGUUGAGUAAUAUUGGUCAAUAAGUGUACUUUUGCCCCUUUACCUUUGUAUCAACUAGCUACUAUCUCAAAUAUAUUUUCCCAUGUUUC